GAUGCCCUUGUUCCUUUCAUGGGUGAAUCUAUCACUGAUGGCACAUUAGCAAAGUUCUUAAAGCAACCAGGUGAUCAUGUAGAAGCAGAUGAGCCUAUUGCACAAAUAGAAACUGAUAAGGUGACAAUUGAUGUCAACAGUCCUCAAGCCGGCAUAAUUGAAAAGUUUGUGGCCAAAGAAGGUGAUACUGUGGAGCCAGGCACCAAGAUAGCUGUCAUUUCAAAAUCUGAAGGCGCAACUCAUGUUGCUCCAUCAGAGAAAAUACCUAGCAAAAGUACCUCCGAGCCGGACAGUGGAAAGAAAGAAAAGUCAGACACCCAAAAGUCUGAAGUGGAACCUAGCCCCCAGCCUAAAGUAGAAACUUCACCUUCAAAGGAAAAGCCCAAGGCUCCUACUCCAGCGCCUUCCAAACACUCAGCAAAGGAACCACAACUUCCUCCAAAGGAAAGGGAAAGAAGAGUUCCUAUGACAAGACUUAGGAAACGUGUUGCAACACGUCUAAAGGACUCCCAGAACACUUUUGCUAUGCUGACCACCUUCAAUGAAGUAGAUAUGACUAAUCUGAUGAAGCUUCGUUCCGAUUACAAAGAUGCUUUUGUUGAGAAGCAUGGAGUCAAGUUAGGACUUAUGUCAGGAUUUAUCAAGGCUGCUGUCAGUGGGCUCCAGAAUCAGCCUGUCAUCAAUGCUGUUAUUGAUGGGGAUGACAUCAUUUAUAGAGACUAUAUUGACGUCAGUAUUGCUGUUGGUACCCCUAAAGGUCUUGUUGUUCCAGUCAUCCGCAAUGCAGAUAAAAUGAACUUUGCUGACAUUGAGAAGGAGAUCAACACACUUGCAAAGAAGGCAAAUGAUGGCUCAAUAUCAAUUGACGAGAUGGCUGGAGGUACGUUCACCAUAUCUAAUGGUGGUGUCUAUGGAAGUCUUAUAAGUACACCAAUCAUCAAUCCCCCCCAGUCAGCCAUCUUGGGAAUGCACUCGAUAGUGAACCGUCCCAUGGUUGUCGGUGGACAAGUUGUUCCAAGGCCCAUGAUGUACAUUGCUCUAACUUAUGAUCAUCGUCUAAUUGAUGGUAGAGAAGCAGUCUUCUUCUUGCGCCGGAUUAAAGAUGUUGUGGAGGAUCCUCGCACGCUACUUCUUGAUAUCUGAGAAAACUUUUGUUCCUUCUGCUUGGCAUAUCAGAAAAUGUUCUGUGUUUUUUAAAAAAGAGAAAUAAAUACUCCAUGAGAUUUUAAGGGUUGGUUUGCUCACCCUAAACAAGUUUUCAGAGCGGCUAAUUAUUACUGAA